CCCACGUGGCGACUCUGGGGUGAGGAACAUGAAAAAAAUGCGAUAUUUACGGUUUAUCUUAAGAAGGUGCGUUACCAUCGACCCACACCCACAGCAAAUAAUGACUCUGAUGAUGAAAUUUCACAUCUCGAAUGGGAAACGGUGAGAGUUCGUUUUGUUAAGGCAGCAACCUUGGCUCGCCUUGUCGAAGCUUUAGCUACAGACGAUGGUGAAUUGGAGUCUACAUUCAUAAAUGUAUUUCUCUCAACAUACCGCACAUUCUCCACACCCAAAGAAGUACUUCAUUUACUUAUAAGACGAUACGAUACACUUAACGAAAAGCAUUUACAAGAAAUCGAAGAGCAGCAUAGUAUAGGCAAUUUAACGGAUUACGAUCCAAAUAAUUCGAUACAUGAACAACAUAAAAAAACUCUAGUCUCGGCACUGCAUGUGUGGUUAGAUGGUUUCCCUGAGGAUUGGAAUGAAGAUAAUCUCAGACAGAUUUUAGCAUUCGCCUCAAAACGUUUACCACAAUCUGAAUUACACAAGAAAGUGUUACAUCGACUAGAACUUAUAUUACGGCAACAAAUUUACUAUGAAAACUCAGCAUCGCCAUGGUAUGUGGGUGGAGUUGCAGUUGGUAGUAUUAAUAAUGGAGUAGGCGUUGGAGUAAAUGUUGGUGUUUUACCAACACAUUAUAAUGGAGAAUUAACAGAUCAAUUUGCCGGGCUUUGCCUGGCUCCAGCAUUUCGUAGUCCCGCACAUUUUUUGCAGGCGUACCGAUUUCCACAUGUACCCGUACGACAUUUCGCUGAGCAACUUACACGUAUGGAUUCAGAUUUAUUUAAACGUCUGAUACCACAUCAGUGUUUGGGCGCAACUUGGGGAAGACAUGAUAAAAGUGGUUCUAAAACGGUUGUGGCUACUAUUAAUCAAUUUAAUGCUGUUCUUUUUAGAGUUAUUUCUAGUAUAUUAAUCGAACCAAGACUUAAACCACAGGAGCGCGCUUUAAAUAUUGCUAAGUGGAUUGAUAUAGCACAAGAGCUGCGAUUACUGAAAAACUUUUCUUCUUUGAAAGCAAUUAUUUCUGGCUUACAAUCAAAUCCAAUAUAUAGGCUUUCAAAAAUUUGGGCAGUUCUGUCCAAAGAAAAGAUGGAAAUUUUUAAUGAACUUGCCAGAAUAUUUUCUGAGGAUAAUAAUGCCUGGACACAGCGAGAGGUAUUGAUGCGGGAAGGAACUGCGAAAUUUGCAGAUACUGUUGGUGAGCACGAUCGCCAUUUGCAGAAAAUUAUACAAAAACAGAGUACGCAAACCUCACAUGGCACUAUACCAUAUUUGGGCACAUUUUUAACUGAUUUAACUAUGAUACAUACCGCUAUACCUGAUACAAUGGGCGAAGAGGCUUUAAUAAAUUUUGACAAGAAGCGUAAAGAAUUUGAAGUGUUAGCACAAAUAAAACUCUUGCAAGGUGCGGCAAAUACUUACAAUUUACACGAGGACCCGAAUUUUGAUCGAUGGUUUGUGUCAAUUGUUGUUCUGGAUGAACGCGAGGCACAUACAUUAUCCUGUCAACUAGAAUCACCACCACUUGCACAACGAAAAUCCAAUAUAUCAACAAAUGCCUCUUCGUUAACGAAUACCACAGCGUCAUCAGGAAAUUCUAUAGGCCAUCGAAAAACCGAUUCCAUUGCUUCAAACUCAAGCAGUGGUGCUGGCUCCCAGUUUUACUGUGAAAUCAAUAACAGCUUUAGUUCCCAUUACAGUUCGCGACACAAUUCCCUUGAUCGUGAUGCACAGGUGGCGAAUGCAUCACUCAUGUCUGCCUCGAGUAGUGUUUCAAAUUUAUCAUUAGAUUCUAGUAACUCUGGAGGACAAAAAUCAAAUAUAAAUACCAAAAUGUCACAUUCAUAUUCAGCGAAUGGUGUGCGUUCGGCGAACAGCUCUGGUGCAAUACUGACGGGCACAAAUGGUUCGCCUAUUAUUAAUGCACAAUUAGUGCAGUCUGGUAGUGUGAAAAAUGCCGUGCCUGAUUUUUACAUAAUACGUGUUACCUAUGAAACGGAAAAUGUUGAAUUAGAUGGAAUUGUGCUUUACAAAAGUAUUAUGUUAGGCAACAAUGAACGCACUCCACAGGUAAUACGAAACGCAAUGUUCAAGCUGGGACUGGAAGAUGAUCCAGAUCGUUAUACGCUAGCGCAGGUUUUACCUGACAAGGAACUGGUAAUGCCGAGAAAUGCAAAUGUAUAUUAUGCAGUCAACACUCACUAUAAUCUGAACUUUAUACUACGUCCCAAAAAGGAGGGCGCCAAUGGCAGCUAAUUAAGUUGCAAAUGCUGAGACCAACUAAUACAUUCAGAAAUAUUUGUAGUGUAAAGGUGGUGCUUUAUUUAUUGUCUUUUAAGUUUUUUGUAAUCUCAAAGGUAAAUAGAAAUUGUAA